UGUUGGAAGCAAAUUUACAACGCCACCUGCCGGAUGCGACUUUGCGACGAUUAUUAUUUUGAAUAAAACAUCGAAAGUCUAUCAAAUCGCUGUCAAGCAGUGAUAAACCUGCUGUAAAGUCAUGGCGGAUGCAGCAGCUAGAUCACUUCAAUAUGAAUAUAAAUCAAACUCCAAUCUUGUACUUCAAGCAGACAGAUCUUUGAUAGACAGAAGAGCUAGAGAUGAACCAACUAGUGAAGUACAGUCCUUGUCUGGGAAACUCACUGGUAUUAAAAUGGGAGACAAGGCUAAGAGAACCAAACCACCACAAAUGGAAGAAAGAAAAGCCAAACGUCAUAAGAGAGAUGAAGCUCAGCGAGAUAUGUUGAAGAUGAAAGGAACAACUUUGUUGACUGAAGGUAUCUCUGACAUGGUAGGGAUUGUGUACAGACCAAAGACACCGGAAACUAGGCAGACUUACGAAGUCUUGCUUAGUUUUAUACAGGCUGCCAUCAGUGAUCAGCCACGUGAUGUUUUAUGCGGGGCUGCAGAUGAAGUUCUUGCGGUGUUAAAGAAUGACAAAAUGAGAGAGAAAGAAAAGAAGAAAGAAGUAGAAGGGUUGCUUGGAUCCAUGCCUGAAGAAAGAUUUGCCCUGCUUGUAAAUCUUGGCAAGAAAAUAACAGACUGGGUACAGGAGGAGAAAAUGCAAUUGGAGGAAAACAUUGAUGAGACAUAUGGUGUAAAUGUACAGAUUGAAGAAUCAGAUGAUGAUGAUGAUGCCGAUGUGUAUGGGGAGGUACGAGAAGAUGAAGAAGAGGAGGAGGAGUCUGGAGGGGAAGAGGCGGACCUUAAUGUGACAUUGUCUGCAGGCAAUCUUGGUGGUGGAGACCAGAGUCUAAGUGCUAAGGAUAGUGUUGGACUUCACCCGAGAGAUAUAGAUGCCUUCUGGCUACAGAGAAACCUGAGUAAAUAUUACCCAGAUGAUCCAACCAUGGCACAGUCAAAAUCUAAAGAAGUUCUACAAAUUCUCCAGGCAUCUGGUGAUGACAGGGAGGCAGAAAAUCAGUUGGUCAUGUUACUGGGAGUUGAUGCAUUUGCUUUUAUCAAAGUUUUGAGGCAGUACAGGCAGAUGAUCCUAUACUGUACACUACUGGCUCAAGCCCAGAAUGAGAAAGAGAAAGUUGACAUAGAGGAGAAGAUGGAGAGUGAACCAGAACUGUUGAAGAUUUUACAGGCUCUACAAGCUAUAGAUAAAGAAGAUAUCGUAUCUGAAGAGAGGUCACGUCGAGAUCAGGCAAGGAAAAGCCGUGUCGCAGCCGAUAUUGAGGCGAUGGAUACAGAUGAUACACAGGAGCUUGGGUAUGUCAGCAAUCUUGAUCUUGAGGACUUGUCGUUCACUCAUGGCAGUCAUUUGAUGGCCAACAAGAAGUGUCAGCUACCUGAUGGAUCAUUUAGAAAACAGAGGAAAGGGUAUGAGGAGGUACAUGUUCCUGCUCUAAAACCACAACCAUUUGACUCGGACGAGUCGUUGGUGAAUAUAGACAGGCUACCAAAAUAUGCUCAGCCAGCUUUUGAAGGGUUCCAAACAUUGAACAGAAUACAGAGUCGCUUAUUUAAAGCAGCUAUGGAAACGGAUCAAAAUCUCCUUCUUUGUGCCCCAACAGUAACAGGUAAAACAAAUGUGGCUUUGUUGACCAUGUUACGAGAGAUUGGUAAGCAUGUGAAUCCAGAUGGUACAAUCAACGGAGAUGAGUUUAAGAUAGUCUAUGUGGCACCCAUGAAAUCACUUGUACAGGAAAUGGUUGGCGGAUUUGGAAUGAGAUUGAAGUCAUAUGGUAUUAAAGUAGAGGAGUUGACAGGUGAUUCUCAAGUGACAAAGGAACAGAUAAAUGCCACUCAGAUUAUUGUUUGUACACCAGAGAAAUGGGAUAUCAUUACAAGAAAAGGAGGGGAGAGAACUUACACACAGCUUGUCAGACUUAUGAUCUUUGAUGAGGUGCAUUUAUUGCACGAUGAAAGAGGACCAGUUUUAGAAUCUCUUGUUGCCAGAACGAUAAGAAACAUUGAAACUACCCAAGAGGAUGUCCGGCUUGUUGGCCUCAGUGCCACUCUGCCUAAUUAUGAAGACGUGGCCACAUUUUUACGAGUCGAACCGUCCGAGGGCUUGUUCUUCUUUGACAACAGUUUCAGACCGGUACCGUUAGAGCAGCAGUUUAUUGGUAUAACUGAGAAGAAACCAGUGAAGAGAUUUCAGAUUAUGAACGAGAUUGUCUACGAGAAGGUUAUGGAGCAUGCUGGGAAAAAUCAGGUUUUGGUAUUUGUACAUUCGAGGAAGGAAACAGGAAAGACAGCUCGUGCAAUACGAGACAUGUGCCUUGAGAAAGAUACACUGGGUCUCUUCCUGAAGGAAGGGUCAAUAUCAACAGAAGUUUUACGUACAGAAUCGGAACAUGUAAAGAAUUUGGAGCUGAAAGAUCUACUACCAUAUGGCUUUGCUAUACAUCAUGCUGGCAUGAAUAAAGUUGAUCGAGCCCUGGUAGAGGAUUUGUUUACAGACAGACAUAUACAGGUAUUGGUAUCAACGUCAACCCUCGCCUGGGGUGUCAAUCUACCCGCACAUACUGUCAUUAUUAAAGGGACACAAAUAUACAGUCCAGAGAAGGGAAGAUGGGUGGAGUUAAGUGCCCUUGAUGUCAUGCAGAUGUUAGGACGUGCUGGACGACCUCAGUAUGACACUAAAGGAGAAGGUAUUAUGUUGACCAAUCACAGUGAGCUACAGUACUACUUGUCAUUAAUGAAUCAACAGUUACCCAUUGAAAGUCAGUUUAUCGGCAAAAUGGCUGAUAACCUUAACGCGGAGGUGGUCCUCGGCACUGUACAGAAUGUCAAAGAAGCAGUUGAUUGGCUAGGUUACACAUACCUCUAUAUUAGAAUGUUACGUCAGCCGACCUUGUACGGAGUUAGUCACGACCAGAUCAAGGACGAUCCAUUGCUACAUCAACGUCGUAAAGAUCUGAUUCAUUCAGCAGCUUGUCUUCUUGAUAAACACAACCUAGUCAAGUAUGACAAGAAGACUGGCAGUUUCCAGGUAGAUUUUAACUUGUUUUUCUCGUCAUCAGAGUUUAAAUAUAUCACAGUGAGAGAGGAAGAGAAGUUGGAACUUUUGAAGUUGCUGGAGAGAGUUCCUAUUCCAAUCAAAGAGAGCAUUGAAGAACCAAGUGCUAAAGUCAAUGUACUGUUACAGGCUUAUAUCUCACAGUUAAAGUUGGAAGGUUUUGCACUAAUGGCAGACAUGGUAUAUGUGACCCAGUCUGCUAGUCGGCUAAUGCGAGCUGUGUUUGAGAUUGUGUUACAUAGAGGAUGGGCGCAACUUACUGACAAGGCUCUAGCACUCUGUAAAAUGGUUGAUAAACGAAUGUGGCAGUCAAUGACCCCGUUACGGCAAUUCAAGUUCAAGAAAGUUCACGAGAAAGAGGAAGUGGUGAAGAGAAUCGAGAAGAAGAAUUUACCGUUUGAGAGACUGUACGAUCUGAAUCAUAACGAGAUCGGUGAACUUAUUAAGAUGCCAAAGUUCGGCAAGAAUGUUCACAAGUUUAUUCAUCAGUUCCCAAAACUUGAGCUUUCUGUGCAUAUUCUACCGAUUACAAGAUCAACAUUGAGAGUAGAGUUGACUAUAACACCAGAUUUCCAAUGGGAUGAGAAGGUUCAUGGUACGUCAGAGGCAUUCUGGAUCCUUGUGGAGGACGUGGACAGUGAAGUGAUUCUGCAUCAUGAAUACUUCCUUCUCAAAGAUAAGUUUGCACAGGAUGAGCAUUAUGUGAAAUUCUUUGUACCAGUGUUUGAGCCCCUGCCCCCUCAAUACUUCAUCAGAGUUGUGUCUGACAGGUGGAUAGGUGAAGACGUUGCUUGCCGGGUCUCAUUCCGACACUUGAUCUUACCAGAGAAGUAUCCACCACCGACGGAGUUGCUGGACUUACAGCCACUGCCAGUGUCAGCUUUGAGAAACCCAAACUUUGAAUCUCUCUACAGUGAGAAGUUUCCAUUCUUCAACCCAAUUCAGACGCAAGUUUUUAACGCCAUUUACAACAGUGAUGACAAUGUGUUUGUUGGGGCACCAACAGGGAGUGGUAAAACAAUUUGUGCAGAAUUUGCUGUUCUUAGAAUGUUCUCACAAAAUGCAGAUGGUAGAUGUGUUUUUGUAACACCACUGGAACCCCUAGCCCAACAGAUGUACACAGAUUGGUACAGUAAGUUUGGACUACAGCUUGGAAAGAAAGUGGUUGUUCUAACUGGAGAAACUGGCACUGAUUUGAAACUACUUGCAAAGGGUAAUAUUAUUAUCAGUACACCUGAGAAAUGGGACGUGUUGUCACGACGAUGGAAACAGAGGAAGAAUGUACAGAAUAUAAACUUAUUUGUUGUAGAUGAACUUCAUCUGAUUGGUGGAGAUGUUGGGCCUGUACUGGAGGUUAUUUGUUCCCGUAUGAGAUAUAUCUCAUCGCAGUUAGAGCGGAACAUUCGUAUUGUUGCUCUAAGCUCCUCCCUGUCUAAUGCGAAGGAUGUAUCACAGUGGCUGGGCGUGUCUACCACUGGAUUCUUCAACUUUCACCCUAAUGUGAGACCCGUACCACUAGAACUUCAUAUUCAGGGUUUCAACAUCAGUCAUAACAUGUCAAGAAUUAUAGCAAUGGCCAAACCCACAUACCAGGGGAUACUUAGACACGCCCCCAAAAAACCAGUGAUUGUGUUUGUCCCGUCCCGUAAGCAGACUCGUCUGACAGCUAUAGAUAUUCUCACGUUUAGUGCUGCCGAAAAUUCAGACUGAACGGAGACGCCAAGGAGUCGGUUCUUACAUGUGGCCGAGGAAGAUAUUGCACCGUUUCUUGAUAAAAUAUCAGAUAAGACAUUAAAAGAAACCCUCAGCAAUGGAGUGGCAUAUCUGCACGAGGGUUUGAACGAGUUAGAACGUAAGGUCGUAGAGCAGCUGUUCUCUACUGGAGCUGUACAAGUACUUGUUGCGUCACGUAACCUGUCAUGGGGAAUGAACGUGUCAGCUCAUCUGGUUAUUAUCAUGGACACACAGUACUACGACGGUAAAACACACUCGUACGAGGAUUAUCCCGUACCAGAUGUGCUGCAGAUGAUUGGUCGUGCAAACCGACCUCUCACCGAUAAUGAAGGGAAAGCUGUGAUCUUAUGUCAGAGUUCAAAGAAAGAGUUCUUCAAAAAAUUCUUGUAUGAACCAUUACCAGUUGAGAGUCACUUGGAUCACUGUCUACAUGAUCACUUCAGUGCAGAGAUUGUUACAAAGACAAUAGAGAACAAGCAGGAUGCUGUAGAUUAUCUGACGUGGACGUUCCUGUACCGACGUAUGACACAAAAUCCCAACUAUUACAAUCUACAGGGCAUGUCACAUAGACACUUGUCUGAUCAUCUCUCUGAACUGGUAGAAAACACAAUUACAGAUCUAGAACAGUCUAAGUGUAUUGGAGUUGAAGAUGAAAUGGAUGUCUCACCACUUAAUCUUGGAAUGAUUGCUGCUUACUACUACAUUAACUAUACAACCAUAGAGUUAUUCAGUAUGUCGUUGAAUGCGAAGACUAAAGUUAAAGGACUGAUAGAGAUAGUCUCAAAUGCUGCGGAGUAUGAGGAGAUUCCUAUAAGACAUCACGAGGACUCGGUCCUGCGCCAGUUGGCGAGCAGACUCCCGAAUAAACUGGCUAACCCGAAAUAUAAUGAUCCCCACGUGAAGACAAAUCUGUUACUUCAGGCACAUUUGUCUAGGAUGCAGCUAUCUGCGGAACUGCAGUCUGAUACUGAGGAAAUUCUGAGCAAGGCUGUCCGGUUGAUUCAAGCAUGUGUGGACGUACUCAGCAGUAAUGGUUGGUUGAGCCCAGCUCUGGCUGCUAUGGAAUUGGCUCAAAUGGUCACACAAGCAAUGUGGGCCAAGGAUUCGUACUUGAAACAACUUCCUCACUUCUCAGCUGACAUUAUUAAGAAAUGUCAAGAAGGUAGUAUUGAGACGAUAUUUGACAUCAUGGAGAUGGAGGACGAGGACAGAAACAAGCUUCUACAGUUCACAGAGGCACAGAUGGCCGACGUCGCCAAGUUCUGUAACAGAUAUCCAAACAUAGAGAUGACAUAUGAGGUGGCUGAGAAAGAUAGUAUUUCAAGGUAUGUAGUUUUUAUUGUGUCCACACCAUGUACCCUGCGACCUUGCGUUGACUUAUUACAAAGGAUUUUAGGGAUUUGGAGAUUCACAAUUUAUAGUACCUGUAUAUUCAAACUCUUAAAGUCUCAAGUUAAAAUUUUUAGUAUUUUUGAUUUUCUUUUUCAGAAACGUGAGGAAGGCUGGUGGGUAGUGAUUGGUGACACGAAGAACAAUUCCCUCCUGUCCAUCAAGCGUUUGACAUUGCAGCAAAAAGCCAAGGUCAAAUUAGACUAUGUGGCCCCAGCACCAGGAAAAUACAAUUACACAUUGUUCUUCAUGAGCGAUGCCUACAUGGGAUGUGAUCAGGAAUACAAGUUUAGUAUUGAUGUCAGAGAAGGGGAGAGUAGCAGUGAAAGUGACAGUGAUUAAAUUCAUUCACCAUACAGUGACUAAAUUCUUUAUACAGUGACUUAAUUAUUCAUACAGGAAUUCAAUUCAUCAUACAGUGACUAAAUUCAUCAUGCAGUGACUAAAUUCUUGAUAUAGUGACUUAAUUCACUAUACAGUGACUAAAUUUACCAUACAGUGACUAAUUCAUCAUUCAGUUACUUAAUUCACCAUACAGUGACUAAAUUCAUCAUACAGUGACUAAAUUCACCAAACAGUGACUAAAUUCUUCAUACAGUGAUUAAAACAUUUGUACAGUUAUUAAAUUCAUUGUAAAAUGAAGUUUAUUCAUUAUACAGGGACUAAAUCCAUUUUACAGUGACUAAAUUCAUUUUACAGUGACUAAAUUCUUCAUACAGUGACUGAAUUCAAUGUGCAGUGACUUUAUUCUUUAUACAGUGAUUAAAACCAUGUUACGGUUAUCAAAUUCAUUGUAAAAUUAGUUAAAUAAUAGUUAAAUCAUUGUUCAGUGACUAAAUUCAUGGUAAAGUUGAGUACAUGUAAAUCAAAUGAUGUAGUAAGUAAAUUUAUGAUACAGUAAUAAAACUCAUCGUACUGUUAAUAAAUUCAUUGUAAAUGAUGUAAAACAAGUUUGGGGGUCUUUUUAAAAGCGA